AUGGCUGAAUUUAAUAUUACAGAAACGUAUUUGAGAUUUCUGCAAGAGGAUCCUGAGUUGACUAUGCCUGUUGCUGCUAUUGAGGCAUUGGUCACUUUGUUGAAAGUCAAGAAUCCAGGUACAGCAGCUGAAAUGAUUAAUAGUAUUAAAUCCGCAACAGAAGAAUUAACCAAGUCCAUUCCAAAUUCUAUGUCUUUAAGAGCUGGUUGUGAUGUUUUUAUGAGAUUUGUAUUGAAAAAUACUCAAUUGUAUGGUGAUUGGGAAAGUUGUAAAAGACAUUUGAUUGAAAAUGGUCAAUUAUUCGUUUCAAGAUCAAAGCAAUCUCGUGAUAAAAUUGCUAAAUUCGGUGUCGAUUUCAUCUCUGAUGAUGACACUAUCUUAAUCCAUGGGUUUUCAAGAGCUGUCUUCUCUUUGUUGAGCAAUGCUGCCAAUAAUUUUAUUAGAUUCAGAUGUGUUGUAACAGAAUCAAGACCUACAAAGCAAGGUUUGCAAAUUUAUAAUUCUUUGCACGAAAAGGGUAUCCCAGUGACAAUGGUAGUCGACAGUGCAGUGGGUAGCAUCAUUCACAAGAUCGAUAAGGUCUUUGUUGGUGCCGAAGGUGUCACUGAAUCGGGUGGUAUUAUUAAUUUAGUUGGUACUUAUUCUAUUGGUGUACUAGCUAAAAAUGCAAGAAUUCCAUUUUAUGUUGUAAGUGAAAGUCAAAAGUUCGUUCGUAUGUUCCCAUUGUCUCCAGAUGACUUACCAAGCUCAAAUGAAUCCUUGGAUUUCACUAGACAAAAUAAUACAGGCAAUACUAUUGAAAACGAUAAUGUAGAAGAAAACCUAAAUGGUAUACUACGUGGACCAAUAAAUGAUUACACUGGUCAAGAAUAUAUUACUGCAUUGAUCACGGAUUUGGGUGUCUUGACUCCAAGUGCUGUAUCAGAAGAAUUGAUUAAGAUGUGGUAUGAUUAA